AUGGACCCGACUGCCGGCUGGUAUAAAGGUAUGACUCUUACCGACAUGAAAGAGGCUCGCAAAGCCGUCCGAGAGCGCGCGCGCAUCUACAACAAGCCAUUCCGCGUCAUCAAAGCUUGUGCCAGAAACUGGACUACCGAAUGCAUUAGUGGCCCAUCUUGCCCGUAUAGAGUGCGCAUUAUAUGCAGCAGAUCAAAGGGACCAGAAAAUGGCCGCAUGAUUCUCUCGGAAUUCAACCCUCAGCACCUUUGUACGGUCGACGGGACAAUGAAUCCCGAGGCGCAGCCCGCUGCCUCUCUUGAGCAACAGCAGCCUCUGCCGCAAAUGACGGAUGCCGACCCUGGUGUUGGAGAGCCUCCGCGACAACGGGCUGAGCGGGCUGUAGUUGCGUGUGAACCUUGUAAGAGAAGCAAAGUCCGAUGCUCUGGGAUCAACCCCUGUGAGCCUUGUAUAGCCCGUCGGGCUCAGUGUGUUUUUCUUGGGGCGGAGAAGCUGGUUGUUAUUCCUGAGAGGUAUUUACGCAUGCUGGAAGACAGGUAUGCGGCGACGAGCAUGAAUCAAAUAGACCCAGCUGAUCGGUCAUUUCCCGAACAUGAAGAAUCACAUGCUCCACCGUCCACGAACGCGUCCUGA